AUGCAUUAUUUCCGUUUCUACCCUAUUCAAAAUUUAAAACCGACAGCAAAAGACGGUGUUACGAAAAGUAAUCCGAGUAAAAGGCACAGGGAAAGGCUCAAUGCUGAACUUGAUACACUUGCAAGUCUUUUACCAUUCGAACAAAAUAUUCUAUCAAAAUUAGACAGGUUAUCAAUAUUAAGGUUAUCAGUGAGUUAUCUAAGAACCAAAAGCUACUUCCAGGAUGACCUUCAUCACGAUCAUCAGUAUAGGCAUAGAGAAUUAACAACAUUAGAUCAUAACAUUUUGGACGGUGAUAUGUUCCUUCAGGCUUUAAAUGGUUUCCUCCUUAUUUUGUCAUGUGAAGGAGAAGUUUUCUUUGCUACACACAGCAUCGAAAGUUACCUAGGCUUCCAUCAGUCUGAUAUUGUACAUCAAUCUGUUUACGAACUCGUUCAUUCGGAAGAUCGUGAAGAAUUACAGAGACAACUUUUAUGGAAUUCUUUUCUUCCACCCGAUAGCGGAAGUAUGGGAUUGGGAGAAGCAUUAUCACCAGAACAUUAUCAUUUACUUGAAAGAUCUUUUACAGUACGAUUUAGAUGUCUUUUGGAUAACACUUCUGGUUUUUUGAGGUUAGAUAUAAGGGGUAGAAUAAAAAUUCUUCACGGACAAAAUAGAAAAACGGAAGAGCCUCCUUUAGCACUUUUUGCAAUUUGCACACCAUUUGGACCUCCAUCUCUUUUAGAAGUUCCGCAAAAAGAAGUCAUGUUUAAAAGCAAACAUAAAUUGGAUUUAGCACUUGUUUCAAUGGAUCAAAGAGGAAAAAUGCUUUUAGGGUAUUCCGAUGCUGAAUUAGCUAAUAUGGGGGGCUACGAUUUGGUACAUUAUGAUGAUCUUGCCUACGUAGCGAGUGCUCAUCAAGAACUUUUAAAAACCGGAGCUUCUGGCAUGAUAGCAUACAGAUUUCAAACUCAAAAUGGUCAAUGGCAAUGGUUGCAAACGUCUUCUAGAUUGGUGUACAAAAAUUCUAAACCGGACUUUGUGAUAAGCACUCACAGACCGUUAAUGGAAGAAGAAGGACGAGAUUUAUUAGGAAAAAGAACGAUGGAUUUUAAAGUUAGUUAUUUGGAUGCCGGUCUGUCCAACAGUUAUUUUUCAGAUUCUGAUCAGUUAAUCGGAUCAUCUCCGAACAGUGGAACAACAACAACAACUACACCUCAAAGAGUGAAUCGACGUUAUAAAACGCAACUUAGAGACUUUUUAUCUACCUGUCGAACAAAACGUAAAAUUCAAUCGCAAACUACUCCAACAGUAACAACGACUAGCCCUGCAACCACUGUAGAAUAUGUUCCACCACCUGAAACUGUUUACUCAAAUCUAAAUCCCGUUUAUACGACAGGAUAUUCGGAUACAAGUUACAUGGGUCACACCGUUUCUAGUAAUUUUCAACAUUCUCUUUAUCCCGUCGAUAAUCGUUUUCUUUCUACCGGAGAACUUUUUCACCAAUAUGCAACAAGAAGCUACUAUCCAGAUUAUUCAACACCUUAUAAUGGCUUCCUGCCAGCUUAUGAAACUCCCGUUUUGGCAAAAGAUCCUUGUCAAAGUUUAGACCAAAGUAAAUACACAACAGUCGUCGAUGCUCGAGGCUACGUGGUAUCGAGUCCGAGAUGUUUAGACUCGACGGGAUACGUCAUGACUAGUGAUAUAUCAUUAGGAAAACAUUAUACGACAGCAACAACCCCUGCAAAACAAUCUCCUGCGUCGAAUUCGGCAGGAUCUUCCCCAACGACGACCACAAAUGGUAUAAUAACUCCUAAAAUAGACGAUAUGAAGACUGAUGUCACCGGUCACAUGCAUUAUUCACCGACCGCGGCACAAGAAAGGCAAACUGUUCUCAUGUGGGGUAGCACAGGAUCAAAUAAUCGCUCCACUCCAAAUAAAUCUUUAACAAACGGAACUUCGUACGGACCUGAAAGCGGAGUAGAUCCACUCAAAUCUUUGGCUGAAAUGAAUUCGACGGGAGAUGGUACAUGCAAGUGGCAAAGCAGUUUAGGAAAAGGAGAACCGAUCAGUCCGACAAGAAUAGCCAGUCCGAAGCGUUACCAAGAUCCUGCUGCUGGAGAGGUAUACCACCAGCACCAUCAGUACCAGUAUCACCAGUAUUACCCUUACACACCGUACCACCAUCACGCAACCCAAUCAGAACCCGGAGGGUACCCCCAGAUAAAUCGGACCGGAGUCCUUUGCUGUCCAUCUCUGAGGUGA